AUGCCUACCAUCUUCCCAACAUGGCCCCACAUUAUUUUCGGCAUCCUUGAGCCUAUAUCAUUGUAUAAUCCCCCAUCCAAAGGAGUCGCAGGCUCUCUCGCCCCAAUCUUCGACCUUGACGGCUUUAUAUCUGGCCAAACACCCCACGUCCAAGCCCCUACAAUCCAACAUCCAAGUAGCAUAGCUCUUGCCUACCAACUUGGCAAUCUCUACAACCUCCUCUUCCUCGUCGGAGUCGGCGUGCUACACACUACAACCGAACCCAAGGUUCUCCGCAACUACCUGAUUGCUCUAGCCAUUGCCGAUAUCGGUCAUGUAUACGCCACGUACGUCGCGAUGGGAUGGGAUGCAUUUAUGGACGUCGGUGCUUGGAAUGCGCUGACCUGGGGAAAUAUCGGAGCUACCGCGUUUCUAUUCAUGAACCGCGUGUUAUACUUUUUGGGACUUUUUGGACAAGCGAAGGCGCCAAAGGUUGCUGGGAAAAAAGACUGA